AUUUACAGCCGAGACAGAGUCAGGGCUCGCUCAGCGGCGCCGGGGCGGAAAUCGGUCGGAGCACGGCGGUAUAAGGGUGAUUUGAGGUCUGGUGCCGGGAAAGCCCCCGCUGUGUGGUUCCGACACUGUCUCCUCCAUCGCUUGAAGUUCAUAUCUCUCCGACUCAACAACUUCACCGGUUCCAUCCCAAAAUCCCUCUCAAACCUAACGAACCUGCAGAUUCUUAAGUUAAGUUUUAAUUCUUUGAGUGGAGAAGUUCCAAAAGAGUUGGGGAGGCUUCAAAAUCUACAAGCUCUGUCAAUUCAAGCAAAUCAUUUAUGGGGUGAUAUACCAGCAGAGAUAUUCAACAUUUCGAACCUGGGAAUUUUGGCCUUGACAAUCAACAAACUGAGUGGAAGUCUUCCGACAGACAUGUGCAGUUAUCUUCCAUUUAUUGCAGGGAUUUAUCUUUCUGAAAAUGAACUGAGUGGUGUGAUUCCGACAAAUAUUUCCCAGUGUUCACGACUUGGGAUGUUGGAUCUCUAUUCCAACUCUUUCAGUGGGCAGAUACCUUUGGAGAUCGGCUACUUAGCAUCUCUUCAGGGUUUACGCCUAAGUCGUAAUCGUUUGAAUGGUACACUACCUCAUGAGAUUGGCAAUCUCCAAAACCUGGUUUAUUUUGGUGUUGGAUCAAAUCAGAUUUGGGGUUCAUUUCCUUCAAAUAUUUUCAUGAAUAUGUCUUCUUCACUGCAACACUUACAUAUAUGGCGCAAUAAAUUCACCGGAAGCCUUUCAAGGGAUGUCGGGAAUCUUACAAUGCUAACCACCUUCGACCUCUCCGAAAACUACUUCACAGGGAUUAUUCCUUCUGAAUUAGGCCAACUUCACCAAUUGAAAGACUUACAAUCAUCUUUAAACAACUUGAGUGGUUCUAUUCCACCUGAGCUCUUUAACAUUUCAACACUCGAAAAUAUUUCAAUAGUUUUCAAUGAUCUGUCUGGAGUUCUUCCAACCAAUAUAUGCCAUUCCUCUCCCAAUCUUAACCAACUUUAUCUUGGCAAUAAUUCCAUCUUUGAUCCUAUACCCAACUCCAUAUCUAACUGCUCUCAACUCACACAGAUCUCACUUUAUGAAAACAAACUCAGUGGACUGGUCAUAUACCUACCGUCAUCGGCAACUUAAGAUCUCUUCAACAACUCCACCUCUUCAGCAACAAUUCACAAAUGAACCCUCCUCUUCACCACUAAGCUUCAUUACUUCAUUGUCAAACUGCAAGUCUUUAACUCAUUUAUCUAUUUCGGAUAAUCCUCUUUACGGCGUUAUCCCACCUUCUGUAGGGAAUCUAUCUCUUCCAUCCAAUAUUUUUACGCCGCACACUGCCAAGUCAGUGGCAGCAUUCCGGCUGAAAUAGGCAACUUGAGCAGCUUGGUGUCAUUGCGUUUGUCCUUCAACAAAUUAUCUGGUAACAUCCCCAUCUCUAUUACACGACCUCUAUUCUAUACAUCUUAACCACAAUCAACUUUCACAUCGAAUUCCUACAUGUUUGGGAAAUGUCUCUUCUUUAAGAGAGAUUUUUCUCAACUCCAACAUGUUGAAUGGAACCAUACCAUCAAGCUUAUGGGGAUUAAAAGAUGUGAUUACUCUAAAUAUGUCCUUGAAUUCGUUGAGUGGGAUUUUGCCUCAAGAGAUAAGCAACUUAGGAGCAGCAAUCUAUAUAGACCUAUCAAUGAACAAGUUGUCAGGCUCUAUUCCCAUCACUAUUGGAGAAUUGCAAGAAUUGGGAUUUCUUUCUUUGGCCAAUAACAAACUGGAAGGUUCUAUUCCAGUUUCCAUAGGUCACAUGAUUAACUUGGCAGCUCUUGACUUGUCGCAAAACAAUCUCUCCGGUUCAAUUCCAAAGUUUUUGGAAGCACUGCAACACCUCGAGUAUUUUAAUGUCUCUUUCAAUACCUUGAGCGGAGAAAUUCCUAGUGGUGGUUCUUUCAUGAACUUCACUAUGGAUUCUUUUGAGGGCAAUGCAGCAUUGUGUGGACAUCCGAGGUUCCAUGUCCGAAUUUGUCCUGCAGCUUCUUCUCACAAAUCAAAGUGGAAGAGGGUGAAACCAGCUUCAUUCAUUGCUUUUGGAUUUGUGGCCUUCAUUUCAAUUGCUUCUUUGGGUUUGAUAAUAUUUAUCAGAUACAAAAGGAAAGAUGAGACUAGUGAAGAAGUUGAUGAGGAAAUACCCAUUAUGUCGGAAAGAAUCCCUUACUAUGAACUGCUGCAAGCAACUGAUCAGUUCAGUGAAAGGAACUUGCUUGGCACCGGGAGUUCUUGCUCUGUCUACAAAGGGAUUCUUAGCAGUGGGAAGGUUGUCGCUGCCAAGGUGUUCAACAUGCGAUUGGAAGGCAUUUCAAUGAGAUUCAGCGUUGAAUGUGAGAUACUUGGUGACAUUCGACACAGGUGUCUGACCAGUGUCAUAAGUUGUUGUUCCAACGACGAGUUCAGAGCCUUAGUACUUGAAUAUAUGCCCAAUGGGAGCCUUGAGAAAUGGUUACAUUCUGACAAUCAUUGCUUGAACUUCACGGAAAGAUUGAAUAUAAUGAUCGACGUUGCAUCUGCUUUGGAGUAUCUUCACCAUGGCUAUUCGACGCCUAUUGUUCACAGCGACUUGAGGCCUAGUAAUGUGCUUUUAGAUGAAGCCAUGUGAGCGACUUUGGGAUAGCAAAGCUGCUAGGCAACGAAGACAGUAUGGUGCUAACCGAAACGUUAGCAACAUUAGGUUACAUUGCUCCAGGUGAAUGUAUUUAUAAUAUAGUAUAAUGAUUAUAUUACAUGCUUGAUGGAUCAUGGUAUUUUUGUUUUGUUUCAGAGUAAGGUUUAGAAGGGCUCGUUUCGACAAGGUGUGACGUGUAUAGCUACGGUGUUAUGUUGAUCGAAACUUUUACCGGAAAGAGGCCUAGUGAUGAUAUGUUUGGAGGAGAUUUGAGCUUCAAGAGAUGGAUAGAACUCUCUCUUCCAUCCACUCUUGAUGAAGUGAUAGAUGUCAAUUUAUUGAAGGAUUUUCAAGGAGAAAUUGACAAGAUUGUGCAAUGUGUAUCAUCCAUAUUUGAAUUGGCUUUGAAAUGUUGUGUAGAAUCUGCAGAAUUGCAGAAAAUCAAACGUCGAUUUUUGAUGUGAGAGCAAAGUAAACUAUGUGCAUUUUAGAGCUUUUAGUUUUUUUCUAUAAUAAUCUUUGUUGUAACCAUCAGGGGUAAGUCAAUUUACAUAAUUUCAUCCUGUUCUUUCAGUUAUGUAA